AGCGACGGAGCAGCAGCGUUUGGCAUUUGGCAUACGAACGGUGUGCUUGUGACUUUUGAAAGAGAUUAUUUACUUAUUUUGCAAGUUAUUCAAUUACAUUUCCCGCAAUUAGUCUUGUGAUUAAUAAUAACACAUAAAAUGUCUCGUUCCGUCCGUGCCGAGACCAGAAACCGAGUAAAAGAUGACAUCAAAAGAGUCAUGCAAGCUGUUGAAAAAGUUCGCCAUUGGGAGAAGAAAUGGGUCACAAUAGGCGAAACCACUAUGAAAAUCUACAAAUGGGUCCCCAUAUCAACUAAUGAGCAAAAGAAAAAACACGCGGCCAAACGAGAAAAUAAGGAAAAUACUUUGACGCCAAAAAAGGUUCAUGACUCUUCUAAUUCAAACUUCGGUAUGGCAGAGGACUCUAACACUUGUUUUUCUACAGUCAGCGACUCUCAGGGUCCAACAGAUUUCACCUCGACCCAUAUGAAUUUCUCUGAAGACUCAAAUUCACAGAGCAGUGGUACAACAACUCCAGCAAAGCGGUUAAAAACUGACUGAGUGUAAUUCAGGUAGUGAAUUAAUUGCAAUAAAUA